AGAUUCCCAAAAUCAAAAUUGAUUUAAUUUCAAAAGUGUUUCAAAAUUAUUCGUGUUUAGUUUGGAAUUUAAUGUUUGCUUAUUCUAUUAUCCGAGACCAAUUUUAAUAUGUUUCCCGGAAAUUUUUCUUCAGUUACUAUAAUGCACACAGAAAUACGCACGGUUUAAGUAAAUAAAUAAAAUCAAGGAUAAUCGUGCCCAUCCCGGUUCCACAAUAAGGCUUCGGAGCGAGUCACAAAGGACUAGUAUAUCUGAGCAGAUCAAAAUGGGUGCCAAUCAGUCACAGAGCCAGCGCCCAGCCGAAGGGCCUUGUAACCCGGCACACGAUGCCGACGACGAAGACCAAGGACGGAAGAUCAGCAUCUCUAACAAAAUGGUGGAACGUCUAGUAGAAGACGCAUCUCUCGCCGGCGCCGCGCCGCCGCCGCGGGGCGCUGGCGUCGACCCGAGGGACAAGGUGCUCGUCGACAGACUCAGGGUGGUGGAUGAGAAACACUCGGAGAAGUGGGGGCUAACAAUCCAAAACUUGUCGACAAUAGCGGGCCGUAUCGACGCGCGCACCGCUCACAUGCGGCAGCUGCAACCCGUAUGCCCCGGCUGUAAGGAGGCCGUACUGGAUUGCUAUGAAAAUGCCGCGGACGAUGGCGAUUAUCUCAAGUGCUAUGAUGUUGUUGCGUCAUUCAACAACUGCGUCCGCGAGACGACGAUGCGUCGGCUGCGCGCGGCGACCGAGCGCGACGCGAGGGAGACGGCAAGACGCCGGCGACACGUCGCUAGAGCGAGACAGAACAUGAUGAUGGCACGGGAGACCACUGCUUAGCUGGAGUAAUAUGUAGGAGACGGCAAGACGCCGGCGACCCGUCGCUAGAGCGAGACAGAACAUGAUGAUGGCACGGGAGACCACUGCUUAGCUGGAGUAAUAUGUAGGAGACGGCAAGACGCCGGCGACACGUCGCUA